AGAACGCCAGCAAGGCACUAAUUCGUCGAUUAAUUUGUAUCGCUUUUGCAAUGGUCGAGACGCGGGUAGAAACCCAGUUCACAACAGGAAAAACCGCCCAGGCCCGAGGCUUGUGGACGGUCAACACUCUCGAUUCCGCGCACUUUUCGCUAGCGCCGGUCUACUAGAAAGCGGUUGGAGACUCACAGGGACGAGAACACAGCGCCGCCUCUUCAUCACAUCGACGCCGUCAUGGAGAAGGGCGUGGGCGUAUGGCUUCGCGACGCGGAGACGGACGAGUGGCACCGCGCCACGGUUGUCAAGCUAGGUGAACCGCGGGACGACAGCGAUGAGCGCGAGGUAACUCUGCGUCUGACCGAGGGCCCGCAUGCGCGCACGGAGAAGACGCUGCAGAUCGACGUACAGGCGCUCGAGGAGGAGCAGAUCGAUGGCGUGAUGCUAGCCAACAGUAGCGACAUGGACGUCGUAGAGGAUCUGAUUCAACUUCCGCACCUGCACGAGCCAGGCAUUUGUCACACGCUGAACGAGCGCUUCAAGAUCAACGAGAUCUACACGCUCACAGGCGAGAUCUUGCUAGCUAUUAACCCUUUCCAAAACCUCGGCAUCUACACCGACAAGAUCACGCGCAAGUAUAUCCGCAAUGGCGACAAGCGCGCGCUUGGACAAGAAGUGCCCGACAUGCCACCGCACGUCUUCAGCAUUGCGGAUAAGGCGUACCGCUCGCUUGUUAACCCAAUCGGACACAGCUCCAAUGGAGGACCAGCCAACCAGUCAAUCCUGGUCAGUGGUGAAAGUGGCGCUGGUAAGACUGAAACCACGAAGUUCGUGAUGAACUAUUUGGCCACCAUUUCGCAGCACAAGAACGCCUCAGCCGACAGCAACGUCAUGAAACAGGUUUUGUCGUCCAACCCGAUUCUCGAGUCUUUUGGUAACGCGCGAACGAUCCGCAACGACAACAGUAGUCGUUUCGGUAAGUUCAUCAAGAUGGAGUUCUCGUCGGAGGGAAGUCUUAUCGGAGCGUCGAUUCAGACGUAUUUGCUGGAAAAGGUGCGUCUCGCGUACCAGGCCGAGUCGGAGCGUAGCUACCACAUUUUCUACGAAAUUAUUGCUGGAGCCACCGCGGAGGAAAAGAAGCGAUGGAAUCUCAAGGCGCCGACCAAGUUCCACUAUCUGAACCAGAGUACUUGCGUGAAGCGUAAGGAUGGCGUGAACGAUGCGGAGCAAUUUGGUGUUUUGAAGAACGCCAUGCAAACGAUGGGAUUUGAUGAGGACGACAUGGAGAGCAUUUUCGUCACAAUCUCGGCUUUGCUGCACAUUGGUAACUUGGAAUUCGAUGAGACACACCAUGCCUCAGGUACGGAGGGAUCUGAAAUCUCCAACAUGUGCGAAGAUUCGAUGAAGGUGGUACUGGACUUCCUGGAGGUAGACAAGGAUGGUCUUGAACAGGCAAUUUGCAACCGCAACAUCCAGACCAAGGACGAGCACUACUCAAUCGGGUUGCUGCCAGAUGCAGCUGAGAACGCGCGUGAUGCACUUGCGCGAUUCCUGUAUGGAAAGCUCUUCGACUGGCUCGUUAGUCGCAUCAACGAAAUCGUGGAGAAUGACGACCGCGAUGUCCCGUUCAUCGGUCUAUUGGAUAUCUUUGGUUUCGAGGACCUGGAGCACAACUCGUUCGAGCAGCUGUGCAUUAACUUCGCGAAUGAAACGCUACAGCAGCACUUUAAUCGCACUGUUCUGCGUAUGGAACAGGAAACGUACGAGAAGGAGGAAAUUCAGUGGAGCUUUAUCAACUUCCCCGACAAUGGUCCGUGCAUCGACUUGAUUCAAGGCAAGCCGUUUGGUAUUCUUCCCGCUCUUGAUGAGGAAUGCAUUGUUCCGCAGGGUAAUGAUCAGAACUUCGCACGAAAGUUGUACCGUCAGCACGAGCUGAACCCGCACUUUAGCGCUAGCAAGACGGAGAUGGCCAACCACCUCUUUGUCGUACACCACUACGCUGGCGCUGUCACUUAUGACACGUUCGGAUUCUGUGAGAAGAACAAGGACAUUUUGUAUCCGGAGAUCACUGCCAUCAUCAAGCGAUCAUCGAAGCCGUUCGUUCGUGGCCUUCUGCAGGUCUCGCCUGAAAAGAAGACACCGUCUAAGAAAACUAAGGGCCGCGCUUCCAGUAUUGCUACUCGCGUUAGUCUUGGUCUGCAGUUUCGUACUCAACUGAAGACUCUGCUGGAAACUAUCAACGUCACUGAUUGCCACUACGUGCGAUGCUUGAAGCCCAACGACAAGGCCAAGGCCAACUUGUUGGUGCCCAAGCGUGUAUGCCUCCAAUUGAAGGCUGGUGGUGUCCUGGAAGCCGUGCGUGUCAACCGUGCCGGAUACCCCGUCCGAAUUGCUCAUCAGCAGUUUAUCAAACGUUACCGUCCACUCGCCAACGGCGAGUACUUGCAACGCAUCCCUGCAGAAGCAGCGGAAGAAGUUUUUGACAGUACUGAGCGCAAGGAAGCCGCGAGUUUACUGGUGGAGUUCUUGCUCAAGGCUCAUGCCGAGCGGUAUCCUGAACUGGCUGGUGUGUCUUCGGACAACCAGGAAACUGCUGUCGCUGGAAUUCAAGUUGGUCUCACUCGUGUCUUCUUCCGUCGUUCGGCCAUUCAGUUCGUGGAGGCCCAGCUUGCCAAGCGCUAUGGCGAGUUCGUUGUACUGAUCCAGGCUGCUGUUCGCGGUCUGAUUGCUCGCCGUCGCUACGCUCGCAUGCAGGUAUCAGCAGUGGUGCUGCAGAAGGUGAUCCGCGGCUUUAACACUCGUUGCCGAUUCUACAAGCUGCGUGAGCGGCACCGCGAGCUGAAGCGUCAAAAGGAACUUGCCGAGAAGAAACAGCGUGAACAGGAGCGCCGAGCCGCUGAGGAACAGCGAAUUCUGGACGAGAAGCGCAAGGCUGCUGAGCUCGAGGAGCAAAACCGCCUCACUGCCCAGUCUGCAUCGUCUGAUCCAGUCUCGGAUGACUCAUCGGACGGAGACCGCGGUUCGUCUAUGAAGCUGCCUAGGUACUCCAGGAACUCGGAAGAGAGUCGUGGCAGUCGCGCCGUGUCCCGCUUCCGCUUUACCAAGGACUAUGGUGACGAGGACUACUCGAUGCCGAACACCUCUCGCCAGGUUGCAAUGGACCCGGGUGACACGGUGCUGCAUGUGGCUGCCAACUGCUGCAACGAGCAAGAUGUGCUUAAGUUACUUCAGAACGGCUCCGACAUCAACGCUCGCAACCGCCGUGGUCGCACUCCGCUUCACACUGCGUCUCUUUACCAGAACGUCGAGGUUGUAGGCAUCCUUUUGGACUGGGAAGCCGACGUUCUUGUUCAGGACGACGACGGCAACACGCCACUGCACUUGACGAAGGACCCGCGUAUUGCUAGAAUGCUGCUGGAAGCUGGUUGCACACCUAACAUCGUCAAUGCGGAUGGCCGAACUGCCCUGAUCAAUGCUGUGGACCGCGGUGAUGCCAAGACGGUGAAGCUACUGCUUCACUUCAAGGCUGAUGUGCUAUUCCGUGAGCUGAAGCACCACCAGACUGCUCUUCAUUUGGCUGUGCGCAAGGGUCACUACCAGAUCGUCAUGGAGCUGUGCAAGUCUGAUGACAUUCAGGAUUUGAUUCUUCUGACUGAUCGCAAUGAGAACAACGCGCUUCACUUCGCUGUGUCUCGCGAUCGCAAGAACGGAUACCGUCUGGUGGAUUAUUUGAUCAAACACGGAGCGGAGGUGGACAAGGUGAACGCCAGAUUCCAGUCCCCACUGGUGGUUCACAUCAUGACGACUCGCCAGACUGAUCCUGCCAUCACAGAGCUUUUCCUUUCAAGAGGAGCCGACCCGAACAUCCAGCUUGCCGAUGGAUCGACGCUUCUUCACGUUGCUGUUGAGCGUGAAUUAAUUGAUAUCGGCUGUGCCCUAAUCAAGCACGGAGCGUCGCUGAACGCGCCAGACGCCAAGGGGAGAAUGGUGAUUGAGGUGGCGAACAAGAAGUUUUUGAAGAAACUAUUUAGCGCGAUCACACAGCCGCCCACGUGGAUUGACGAAAAGGAGCGUCGGUCGUGCAUGUUGUGUAGCUCAAAUUUCAAGUUUGGCAACCGACGCCACCACUGCCGCCACUGUGGACGUGUAUGCUGCUCUGACUGUUCAGCGUUCACCGUGGAGAUGCACCGUUUCCCGAAGGAAUUCCCUGGACGUAUGACAAAUGGCGGUAAACAGGUCAAGGACCCACAGCGCGUGUGCCGUACGUGCCACGCUGUGUUCAAGAUGCGGUCGGCUCAGAAGGAGUCCAAGUCGGGCUUCAUGGCGCGCGUGCUCGGGUAUGAAUGGGACGAGGUAACUGCAACCAAUUGAGCAUGAUCCCAUACAGAGCACUAGCAAGUAGAAGGGAAGUCCCUGACGAUGUCUUCGCGCGUGGAUGACAUCGUAGGCAUGUGUAUGUCUUUCCAUACCUAUCUAUCCUAGCUGUAAUAAUUGGAGUAGCGCGAAAGAAAUACAUCAUCCAUUUGCGCUUCAAGUUGCAGCUUCAGCUUUGCUACUUCUCCGAAACAUCUACCAGUCUCAUGGUGUCAGGAACAAGGUAACCACAGUCUGCACGGAGCCCCAAGCCGCCAAGACCAUCGCUAGUUGCCAUACCGUCGAAGCACUGACAUGUACCUGUAUUAUAGUCACAAACACCACUACAACCAGCAAUAAUGUAAGUCAGCACUAGAAAAAAAAAAUAGCACCCACAGUCUGUAAACGUA